UUGUGCUCGGAGCACCUUCGCAUGCCUUGCGCCCUGGGCCCUGGGUAUGCUGAAAGCCUGGGCAUGUGACCGUAUCUGCUGCUGUCCAGCUGCUUGACCGCGUCCAGUCGUUCGGCCUGUUCUUGUACAUUUUCGCGCGGCCGAACCGAUACAGUGUAGAAGCCUUACGUCGCCUGAUCGCCUGAUGAAUAGUAGUCUAAUAACUCUGUCACAUGCGAGUCAUCACAGCCUCGUCGCGUCCGAUAGUAGUGACGAAGUGCGGGGCGACGUAUCCCGCCUCCCACACCGUGGACCUCGGCGGCCGAGGCAGUCGGCGCCGGAAUCGAAGAAUGAGGAUUCCAGGGCGUGGUGGAGGUCGUCCACCACCUGGCCAAGUGGCGAGGGUGGCAAGGUGACGAAGUUGGCCGACGUGGGCCGCGCCGUCAUGUCAACAACGGUUGAGGCGGAGUACGUGGGCGCGCUCGAGAUACGAGUGUUCCGAAGCAUGACAGAGGUACGAGCACCGAUCCAUUCCGCUUCGUUUCUGUAUCUCUUCAUUACUCAGACUGGUUGGGAGCGUUCACCAUCCGAGCAGCAUGCGCUCUGUACUCCUUCUCGCUGCACUCGCACUCGUCCACGCCCAGCGGAUAGCGCGGCACGAUGAUCAUGGCGGUCAUGAAGAUGAGCCAGACCCCCACUCGCAUGCGAUCUCCGCUGUAUGGGCGGCCACAGAACUUGAGACGCCAGCUCUCGUCUCCUCCGGCCUCCCCACCCCUUCAUCCGCGGUCUCCACGGGCCAUGGUCACGGACACGGUCACGGUGCACCCCCAGCGCACAACCACAACUCCCACGCGCCCGUCAAG